CGCUUUCUAUCAACUCUGUUUGAUAGACGCUGUCUUGUAAAGCGCCCUUGGUUGUGUAUAAGGGCAAAAGAACCCCUUGAAUCCGGUUGCCAGGCAACUGUUUACGGAGACUGACCUACUUCCCUAUACAAUUGGAAUACACACUCAAAUAGCCUAGAACGUUUCUGGCACUGGUUUAGAGGAAACCGGAACACGUCCCGAAGGAGUGAAAAAGCAGGGAAGUGUGGGAGCUGUUGUCUGUGCUCACAAUGGCUGUAACAAGCCGGCACCCUGAGCACCUCGCACGGCUCACUGUACUGCUCAAACACCCAUAUUUUACAAAAAAAAAUGUUUUAACCCGAUUUUAACUGCGAUGUCACGUACAGCCAUACCGCUUAUGGAAACUGCUUGAGGUGUAAAACUACAAAUCCCAGAAUGCAACCCGUCGCAGUCAGAUGCUUUUUCCUGCUUGUGUACGGCAAACGCAUGUUCGAUGUAGCUGGACAUAAGAGGUUGUUAUAUCCCAUUCCGUGGUCCAGAGGCUUAUUUAUUAUUCGAGAUGUUUUUAUCUAAAGUCUGGCGCCUUUUGGAUGCAACAGAAAUUCUUUGCUGUUAUUCUCGGAAGACAAAAUUAAAUCUCUUUUGUACAUUUGUUCAUAGAGAUGAAAAACAGCAUGUAAGCUUCAUGGAAAAUCAAAUCUCCAAGCUACUUCAACAGUCCAUUUCUCCAGACCCUAAUUCCAGGAAAGAAAUGCAAGUGAAAAAAUUAUCCGUGGAAGGAAAUAUAGCGGUAGGAAAAUCCACCUUUCUCAAAUUGCUAUCCAAUACAUUUCAAGAAUGGAGUUUUGCUACAGAGCCUCUGAAGAAAUGGCAGAAUGUUCAAUCUACUUCAUUCCAAACAAUGACUUCCUCAAAGCCGCCUAUGGACAACCUGCUACAACUGAUGUAUGAUGAUCCUACACGAUGGUCUUACACGUUCCAGACAUUUUCUUGUAUGAGUCGAUUUAAAAUACAAAUUCAGCCACUUUCAGAGCAAGUAUUACAUCAGCAGGAGCCUGUUCAGAUAUUUGAGAGAUCUGUUUAUAGUGACAGAUAUAUAUUUGCUAAAACUCUUUAUGAACUCCAACACUUAAAUGAAAUUGAGUGGACUUUGUAUCAGGAAUGGCACACUUUUCUUAUUGAAGAAUUUUCCAGAAGAGUUGCAUUGGAUGGAAUUAUUUACCUACGGGCAUCUCCAGAAAAAUGUUUUCAGAGACUACAAAAAAGAGCUAGAAAGGAGGAAAAGACUCUGCAAUGUGAAUACCUUGAGAAGUUGCAUGAUCAGCAUGAAAGUUGGCUGACAAAGAAGACAACUGAGGUCCAUUUUGAAAACAUGAAAAAUAUUCCAGUUUUGCUGUUAGAUGUUGAAGAAGACUUUGAAAACAAUUCUGCAGCAGGUGAUGAUCUCAACAGCAGAGUUAAAGCCUUUGUUGCUGGACUGUGAAAUAUAUAUAUAUGAUACUCAUUGCAUUGUUUGCUUUUACAUCUGUAACCAGUUGCUUUGAACUAAAUGUAUUUAUAUUACAAUAUAUAAACAAACUGAAAAAAAUCCUAGGUAUGUGCCUAACUAUUUUGCUGCUCUUCAUUUGUAUUCUUAUUAUUAUUUACCUAGUUGUAUAAGUCUCUUUAUUCUAAUGUUAAAAGAACACUCAAUGUGUAAUAGUUCUUAAAAUGCAAGUUACUAACGGCUGCAAAUAUGGCAUAUUUUUAUUGGUCAUUUGAUGUGCUUGGGCUUUCUGAGGUGACGUUGACCUUAAAUGGCAAUAUCUUGUGUAAUCUAUAUUUGCACUUAUUUUAUGCACUGAAAACUUGUUCAACAUAUUUGAGUUCUCAAACCUGGUUGAGGACCUUAUGAGUUAGUUUUAUUAAUAAUUACACAGCAGUUUUAUCAGAAUUUUACACCCAGUUAAUGAUACACCUCUACAAUAGUGUAAGAAUGUGCACUGUUGGUGAGGUCCAAAGAUGGUGUAAGAAACCUGCAACAUAAAUAAUAUGCGUAACCUAAAUUAAUAUGCUUUUUAUCAUACUGGACCAAAGGCAGGGGCCCUCAUUUAUUAACACUGAUUCAGGUUUGCUCUGACCCACAGAAACCAGUCAAAUAUUUCAAUAUUUUAACUGCAUUAGAUGCACCUAAUUUUUUUUUAGAUGUUACCAGUCUGAGGGAAAUUAGCAAUCUCGCUCAAUAAAGGGCCUUUAUACUGGCCAUAAACAGGCUGAUAAAAGAUCUUGGCAUGGCCCCACUGGACUGAGUUGGCAGUUUUUUUUCCUAUGUAUGGGGCCUUCUGGAGAUCUUGCCUGAGUAAUAUAUGGCUGAAAAUUGGCCAUAUAUCAUUUGGGCCACCAGACAAGGACACCAUCAGAGCACUGAUGCAGUCCUCUCCCAGUGGGUCUUCAUAGGGCUCUGUUGUAAUGCAAUCUUUCCCACCAGAAAAAAAUCUACUCGUUUGGUGACAAAAAAGUGGAUUUUACCAUGUAUGCCUAGCUUCAUUGUUUAGUAGUUAGGACAUUCUUGCACUUGCUUGUUUUAAACAUCCUAUUUAAUCAGAUUGUUCCUUAUUAACAUGUGUAGACAUAAUAUCAUAGAUAAUGGAUUAGGAAUGGAAACUGAAAUUUAUUUUAGUCCAUCAGGUUGGUCAGUGAGGUGUAGCUUUAUUUUCAGAUACAGCAUCAAAAUAGCACAGUAAUGUACUACUCCAUAGUCCCUGAGACUUUUCUCUUUUUAAACCAAGAAACCUAUGUAAAACCAACUCCUCUUAGCUCAUUGUUAACUAACUCAUCUGAUUUAGCAUUGAAGAUAUCAGUUUCAAAUGAAAAUUAAAAGAAUGUCUGUGUAUAUUUUUAAAGCCUUCAUGUUUGUACUAAUGGCAGAAAGUACCUGUUGUCAUUAGCUGUCUUCCUACAGCAUCAGUACAUUGGCAUGAAAAAGGUUAAAGUAUAUAAAAUAAAGAAUAAUAAUAAAAAAUAAAGGUGAGCUUUUUCCUUUAAACCUUUACCAACCUGCAGAAAAUAAUACUAAACAAUAAUAUAGGAGAGGUGGUGAAUAAUAUAUUUCAUAUCAAUAAAUUAGGGCUAAUUUGUUCCAUUUGUUUAAGCAAAUAUUAGCAGACAUUAGAAAGGGUUACAAGAAAAAUAAGCAAAAAUAUGCAAUGUUUGGAAAUGCCAAUGUAAAAAGCUUGCUUUUGUAAUGUAUUUAUAAAAAAAGAAAAUAAAGUUAUAUAGUAAUUGCGAUGCACUGAAUGGUCUGAUUGUAGUUAUUAAAGUAUUACUUUCUGUUAGGCUGAGAUUUGACAGCGUAAUUAAAAUGACUGGAACAAUGUG